AUGAAAUUCAUUUUUCUUGUUCUACCAACUCUUUUCAACUGUAUCUAUGCUCAGCAACUAGUUGAUUUGAAAUCUUUUCUUGGUGGAAAUGUGAAGAAUCCCAUCAAUGCUCAUGCCCCAUACGAUGUGUUUGUUUCUGCUACAAGUGAUGACGCUGACAUUUUGAACAAGAUACAUUUGAUAACUGAGGAUAAACAAAACCAAACAUUUAUGGAUUUAAAAAAUCGCAAACCAUUCCUCACAACCAGUCAAAUUCAGCCGUUCUCAGUUCAAACUUUAGCAUAUGUCACAACAAAUUUGACAAAUGAACAAAUCAGGAGAUUAACUGGAAUGAUAUAUAUCAGUACCACAAUACAAUUGCAAGUCAAUAACUUCCAUGUCAUUGACAUCGACAAGACCCAAUCUCUCGAUCUUCCAAAUGAAAAUCAAACUAUUCUGUUUCUCAACUCAUAUAUGGGAUCAACUCCUUUCAAAUCUUCUACAAUCAGUUCAUGGGCUCAGCCAUCCAAUGCCUCUAUCUAUUUCUAUAACGGAAUUCCCACCGAUGAACCUGAAAAGGAAGAUUCUUUCAUAUUUUCGAAUCCUGUUUCAACUGCUGAUUUUGGAAAUGUUUUCUUCCCGAAUGUUGAGAAAUUCUCAUUGAGUCUCGGAGCAUUUUAUAUCAAAUACUACGGUGCACUAACUUUCCAGAUUACUCCAGAAUAUUACGAUGCAAACGAUUCAUCCACUCAACCUUUCACUACCACUGGGUUCUACAUGAAACCAGUCAAUCAAUCUGAUGAAACAAUCAGAAUUAACACAGCUAGAGAUCCAGCGUAUAAUGGAAUUGUAGGAGCUAAUAUUGUUGGCUCGCUUUCGAAAAACGGUCAAGUCACUAUUGGAGAACACGAAGGACUCUCAUUCUCUCAGAAAUCCAUUACUCCAACAAAUCAGAUAACUGGUUGGAGUACUAACUUCACUGGGGAUAAUUUUCAGAUUUCGUCAACUAAUGGUCAAAAUGGACAGUAUUUUGUGCAGUAUUAUUUCUGGUCUCGAUACUAUAUGCUUAUCGCACUGAUUCUCUGUGGAUACAGUUGUCUUCCUCAGAUUCCUGGAGAAUAUCCACAGAUGUCUCUUGUAAAUGGAUCAUUGUAUUUCACUUUUUAUCCAGCUCGUGUUCACAGUUUUAACGUUCAAGUUCUCACAUUUUCUGUAGUUUAUUUUGUUACGUUAGUUGGAUUAGGAAUAUCAGUUCCUUUGAUUGCAAAGUACCGAUUUCGAGAUGUAGUUACUGAUAGUGGACUCUCGAGAAAACUUACGAGAAUAGCUCUGACUUAUGGUUUUGUGUAUUCUGGAAUAUUGGCAUGGACCGUCAUAAACACUUUGCAAUCACUGUUUUCCUUGUUUCCGGAGUGGUUUGGAAAUGCCUCGUAUGCCAUGUUAAGUGUUGCUUCGGAUAUGAUGACCCUUGCACUCCCUUACAUUCUUUUAAUCUACGAUUCGAACAUUAAAAGAGAUCUUCGUAAUCCACUGGAAUCAUCAAAGAUAACAACUGCGAUUGUCAGCUCAUAA